AUGUUUACUACACCCAACGAGGCUAAUGGGCAGCCUCCGCGCUCGUGUUUUCUUUCCGAAAUCAUAUUUCUGGAAAUACUGGCCGGCGGAAAAGUGGUAAUUUUGCAAAGCCAAUUGCCUCUGCUUAUGCAUGUCGCUGUGACAUGCAUGCUUGUCCUUUCAACAGGCUCUUUGUUCGUAUUCUGUUUCACGCUCCUCUUCAAUCUCUGUCCGUCUGUCCUUGAAUUAGCCCCUAGCGUUAUCUGUCAGGCUACUCAAUUGCCUGGUCGCCUCGUUUAUACGUUUAGUCAAUAA